AUGCAACCGGGAGCGGAGCUAGCCAGCAAGCUGAGCGGUUGCAAGCACUCUGAGCGACGGGAAACCGACUCUCUAUACACCCUCUACGGAGACAGAAAAUACCCCACUGAGGUACCACGCACCAGGAGAGAUCAUGGCGAAACAUUCCUGUAAAACUCGGUGUCCAAGCGAGGGUCAAACCUGAGAUAUCGGCCUCAUGCUCUCAUAACCGAGUAGGCCUAAGAUAGCGGACCUGCUCCCUGACCCACCAUGCGGCUCCGACUCGGCCUUGGAAGACAAGGAUCAGGACCUGCCAGACCUUCUGUCACAACCCCGCAACGGCAAAGUCACUUAUCAGAAGCAGCCUGACCCACAGUGGGCUACAAGAACCGAUAUCCACACAAUGGUAAUGGACAUUAAAACAUUCUUUACCUCUGAAAUGGCGACAUUAAAAGUUGACAUCGGCAUGCUAGCAGGGAAGAUUAAAGCUGCGGAGGAUACCGUCCAAAGUCUUGGACUUAAACAACAAUCCGCUGAUACUCACCUACAGGAGGUGUCAAACACCUGUGCAGCGCUAAGUGCUAAGGUGGAACACCUGGAAGACUUGGCAUGCCAGCGCAACCUGAAAAUUCAGGGUAUCCCUGAUGCCAUUGAUGAUGGAGAACUACCCCACUAUUUAAGAAGACUGUUUGCAGCAGCCUUGACUCCCAAGCAAGCUAAAGGGUUGCAGCACAAUGGACUAUACAGACUACCAGGAGGCCCUAGGAACAAGGAUCAGACUCCCAGGGAUGUGAUUCUAGGCUUCAAGUCACAAUCUGACAAGGACACCAUCCUCUCACAGGUCAAAGGUUACGCACUAUUUAUGUUUGAGCAACAUGCUUUGAGCUUCUAUCAUGACCUCAGCAGAGCAACGCUGCAAUGGCGUACUACAUUUAAGUAG